AAUACUUCCUCUAACGUAUUGGUAUCAGUGUUACAAUUCGGUAUGGGGAACGUCGGCGGUGAUAUGCCGAUUCUACCCUUCUUGUCACCUUUUUGACCUCCAAGUCUAAAGUUUUCCUGGGCUCUGAAUUCUUUGUUACUUUCUCUUCAAAACGAAGUUAUCCCUUUCUCUCUACAGCGAGCUUAAAUCUCUGCUCAAGAGGAUGGGAGGAAGUACGGAUUAUGACGAUUGGGAGUUCACAUCUUCAAGUUCUGAUGAUACUCGAACUUUAGUCUUACUUGGACGAACUGGAAAUGGAAAAAGUGCGACUGGUAAUAGUAUUAUCGGGGAGAGAAAAUUCAAGUCGAUGUCUAGCUCGUCUGGUGUCACAAGCACUUGCCAGCUGGAGCAGACCAUUUUGAAGGAUGGACAGAUUAUUAAUGUUAUUGACACUCCUGGGUUGUUUGACUAUUCCGGUGAUAAUGAAUCAAUUGGAAAGGAAAUUGUUAAAUGCAUUAACAUGGCCAAGGACGGUAUUCAUGCUGUUCUUGUAGUUUUCUCAGUUAGAACCCGGUUUUCAAGAGAAGAAGAAUCAGCUGUUGAGAGCUUGUGUAGAUUUUUUGGAAGCAAAUUGACUGACUACAUGAUUGUAGUUUUCACUGGUGGGGAUGAUCUUGAAGAAUCUAAUGAAACUUUGGAUGAUUAUUUAGGCCGUAACUGCCCUGAGCCUUUGAAGAAUGUUCUUGUGAUGUGUGGGAACAGGAAAGUGCUUUUUGAUAAUAAGACGAAGGAUAAAACUAAGAAAGAUUCACAGUUGAGAGAACUUCUUACCCUUGUGAACUCUGUGGUAGAUCGGAACUGUGGGAAACCAUACACUGAUGAGAUAUUUUCUGCACUGAAGAAAGGUGCUCUUCAAAUCCGGAAUCAAACUGCAGAAUUUAAUUCAUCGAGAUACUCCAAACAAGAGAUAUCUGAGUUGAACGAUCAAAUGCAAAAAGCAUAUGCUGAGCAACUUAGGCAGAUCACUGAAAUGGUGGAGAUGAAGCUGAAGGAGACGACUCUCAGGCUGGAAGAGCAAUUGGCUAAAGAGCAAGCUGCUCGCUUGGAGGCUGAGAAGAGUGCAAGAGAAGCCCAAGAGCUAUCUAGAUAUGAGAUCAGUAACCUGAGGAAGAGUUUGGAGAAAGCACAGGAGGAGACUGAGAAGCUCCGGAAGGAAGCCAGAGAAAGAGGUUGCUAUAUUCUGUGAAUAUCUUGUGGGUGUUAAUAUCUAUCGAUGGGAAAGUUCCCAAAAUAGGACUAAAAAAGUUUGAAAAUUCCAAAAUAGGACUGCCAUGUUUUUAUUCACAAAAUAGGAGUAAUUACUGUCAAGUUUGGAAAAUACCGUCAUGUUUGAAGUCUGGUACUGCUAAAAUAUGGAAGUAAUUAGUCCUAUUUUGGGAAUAAAAACAUGACAGUCCUAUUUUGGAAUUUUCACCCAACGGUUUUACUCCUAUUUCGAGUAAUAUCUAUCGAUCUCUAUUAUUAGUAGAAAAGUAUCCAUUACUUUUUGGCUUAUGCUGUCUUUUAAUUAGUUUCUCGGAACACUUUUCGUAUAAAAUAAUUGGGUCAUAAAUUUGAUGGCUGCCAUAAAUUCAAUGCAGUUUGACUUCUCUCAA